AUGUCUUGCAUUUAUAGCACUGUUAGCUAUGAUUUUGAUAUCAGCACCGGCAUCCUUAAUGAAUCUCCAGCCCAGCCCCCGGUGACGGGUAGGUGUGCCCGACCGGGACUGCCACCAAAAGCCCAGUUAUGGCUGAUAUCACCCGAAAGAAGUCGUUUCGAUAAUAAGGAGAAAGUGUUGGUUCACUGCAAAAAGGAUGAGUUCCCGCAAUUCAAACAGGAACUGGAGUGUAGGAACGGCGAACACGUGGACUCACAGGUGAUACACCUGGAUGUGUAUGACUGUCAGUCACCGGACAAUCGACUACUCCUAUCUCAAGCCAUAAACAGGUCGUGGGAGUCUCCACCGGAGGUACCCCUGCGCUCCAACUCAUACCAUUUACAACGGGUUCCCGUCGAGCUCACCAUAUCGGCCAAGGAGUCCACGUGCUAUACGUGGCGCAUACAGUUCGAGCAUAAGGUUAACGUGGCUUUCCUCUUGAUAGACAUCAACUUUCCCGAGCAUAACAACACCGGUAGUCACACAAAUAAUAGCACCGCAUAUUUACCAACUGUAAAGCCUAUAGUGAGCCGGUAUCGCACCUGUAGUCUACAAAAGGCUAAGCGACAGGCAAUGGGCGGGGAUGUAGUGGUCGGGUAUUACUACUUCUGUGACCUGAAUAGCGAGUCGGACGCCAAGGCUGAACAGUCGGCGCUUAUGGACACCAUUACAGUACAUGUGAACACUAGUGUACCGCAUGAGGUGGGACUGGAGGCUGUGUUUUUGGGUCGGGUGUUCACCACGAGUAUAGGUGGGGGCAAAAUAGUGAGACCCGAUUGCGGACAGUUUGAGGUCAAGAAUAUAGGGGUGGACUUCCAGGCAGAGGCCGGACAUACCUUUAUUAGUUGCAAUGACUCGUACGUGGAUAUUAGUCAGGACAGGUAUGCGAGCAAAAAAGUCAGUGUUCUCAGUGGAAAUCCACAGUAA